AUGUAUGGUAAUCACCAAGGAAAAUAUUUGUAUACUUGUUUGAUGGAGGAUAUGACUGAACUGUUUAAUGACUAUGAUGUGCUCUAUAAGAAAGAACUUGCUAUGAGUGGCCAUAAUAGUGUCUCACUGGAAAUUGUUAGCCAAUCCUCCCAAGCAAACUCUGUUUUAAAGGAGAGAUAUCUGCAGCAAAUGAUGAAGACUGGUGGUGUGAGUGGAAGCAAGAAAUCUGAAUUGGAUUUAUACCUUAGUGAGGCAGUAGUUGCAAAUGAUUUGAAAUUUGAUAUUCUGAAAUGGUGGAAGUUUAAUUCUGAGAGGUUUCCUGUCCUCUCUAGAAUGGCUCGUGAUAUACUUGCAGUACCAGUUUCUACAGUUGCUUCAGAAUCAGCAUUUAGCACUGGUGGAAGAGUGCUAGAUGAUUUCAGAUCUUGUCUGACUCCUAAAAUUGUGGAGGCCUUAAUAUGUACUCAGGAUUGGCUGAGAGACCCUUCCAAACCUGUUUCUGUUGAAGAGACACUAGAAGAGCUGGAGAAAUUUGAAGAAGGUUUUCAGGACCCAGCCAAUGCUAUGAAUGACUAA